AUGUUCGUCCUGCUCCUCCCACAAGCACGCGGCUGCCACCACCUCGCAGCCGCCGCCGCCGCCGCCCCGCAGCCGCAGUCUACGCCGCCGCUGACAGCGCCACCCCUCCCCCCGUCGCUGCCCCGGCCCCGGCCUCUCCGUCGCAGCCUCGAGGCGCCGCUGCCCCCGCGAGCCGCCGCCGUCGCUGGGAUCGCCGGCAUCAUCCAACUCCUACCUGACGAGCGCCGCCCGAGAUCACGGCGGACGCGUCUUCUGCCUCCUCAUCCAUGUCGCCUCCUUCAAUCGCUUUUGUGGCCGUCGACGAUCCAAGAUGAAAUGGUCAGUGCCAUGUGUGAAGAUAGGAGGUUGGGCUGCUAUGAACAUAGCAGGUGGCUAAAAAUGGCGCACAUAACAGCCUCCAGCUUUGGUUAUGGAGAUGGUGAAGGGCUUGAGAGGUUUAGAAAGCAGAGGAUGCAUUGAGAAGACAUCUUAUUAGCACAUGGAUUUGUAAAUUUCACUUGUGGUAGUGGCCUGAUGUUAUGUGCAUACAUCUCUUGGGGUCUAAAUCAAUACAUGCAUCUUGGGGCCUGAUGUUAUGUGCAUACAUCUCUUGGGGUCUAAAUCAAUACAUGCAUCUUGGGGCCUGAUGUUAUGUGCAUACAUCUCUUGGAUUCUUUGUUUUGUUUUUGCUUAUUCCAUACUGCUGUUGGAUUCUC